ACUAGGUAUAUACAACGUAGCUUUUCGUUUAAAGUAAAACAAAGCAAAUUGAAAUGUAUUAUUGUCUCCAAGGUGUUUUGUCCCAAAGGAGGACCCGUAGCUUUUCCAUUCGCCACCGGAGGAAGCCUUUCCUAAUUGGGCAGCGUGUCUGCCCGACCGCAGGAAGGCCGCCUCAUUGGUCCGCGCAGUCGGGACCCUGGCGGCUUUUCUCUUAGUGCUCAAGGCGCCGACCCACUUCUCUUCCUCCUACCGAGCGCUCCUUUCUUCGAAGUUUCCGGAGCUGCCUGUGCGAAGGGAUCCAGACUGACCUAGGCCGGGUAACUGCACUGAGAGCUUGCUUGAUACGUUGCCUCUCGCAGGCGCUAUGACGACCCUGGAUGAUAAGCUGCUGGGGGAGAAGCUCCAGUACUAUUACAGCAGCAGUGAGGAUGAGGACAGCGACCACGAGCACAAGGGCGGAGGCAGGGGCGCCCUGGCCGGGGGUUCGAUGCCCGCAGAUGCUGAGCUGGCAGGCGGAGGCAUCUCAGUCAACACAGGUCCAAAAGGGGUGAUAAAUGACUGGCGCCGCUUCAAACAACUGGAGACCGAGCAAAGGGAGGAGCAGUGCCGGGAGAUGGAACGGCUGAUCAAGAAGCUGUCGGUGACCUGCAGGUCCCAUCUGGAUGAAGAGGAGGAGGAGCACAGACAGAAGGAGCUCCAGGAGAAGAUCGGUGGGAAGAUGACUCUGAAGGAGUUUGCCAUGAUGAAUGAGGACCAAGAUGACGAGGAGUUUCUACAGCAGUACCGGAAGCAGAGGAUGGAGGAGAUGCGGCAGCAGCUUCACAAGGGGCCGCAGUUCAAGCAGGUGUUUGAGAUCCCCAGCGGAGAAGGGUUUUUAGACAUGAUUGAUAAAGAACAGAAAAGCACCCUCAUCCUGGUCCAUAUUUAUGAGGACGGCAUUCCGGGGACCGAAGCCAUGAACGGCUGCAUGAUUUGCCUUGCUGCUGAGUACCCAGCCGUCAAAUUCUGCCGGGUGAAGAGCUCAGUCAUUGGGGCCAGCAGUCGCUUCACCAGCAGUGCCCUUCCAGCCCUGCUGAUCUACAAGGGCGGUGAAUUGAUUGGCAAUUUUGUUCGUGUCACUGACCAGCUGGGGGAAGAUUUCUUUGCUGUGGACCUUGAAGCUUUUCUCCAGGAAUUUGGAUUGCUCCCAGAAAAAGAAGUCUUGGUGCUCACGUCCGUGCGUAACUCCGCCACCUGUCACAGUGAGGACAGUGAUUUGGAAAUAGAUUGAACUGACAGUCUAGCUGCAUAGAUUUCUCCUUGUUUGGGCUGGAAGACAACAUGGCGCUGUAUGUAUUUUUCUUCCUUCCCAGUUUCAGCUGUUCUUUGUAGUCCCUUUUAUUAUAUGUAAAGUCAAGAACUUAGAUUAAAUUGGACUGCCAAAUCACCUUGUGGCUAGCAGUACAAAGUGACUUAAAAUUGUAUAAACAGGAA